AUGGAUUCCAACAACAAGCAAGCUGAUGAGCAACAACCAGUCAAAUCAGCAUCAAGAGUCUCAUUCUGCCAAAGAAAAAAGUCUGACAAUGGGAGCUUCGUGUCUCAAUUAAGAAAUCACUUUCAUGAAUUUAUACAUGCUUCCGCAGACGAACACAAGACAUGCUUGAGAAGCACAAUUCAAAAGAUAGUAGAUGCAUCAAAGCUAUUUGGGAAAAAUGGCGACAGCACAAAUGAAGGUGAUUCUGUACCCCUUCAGUCAUCUACAAAGCACUAG